AACACCAGUUUAAAUAAUUAUAUCAGCAGUUAAUUUUGCAUCUUCUGGACCAUCUCAUAUGAGUAUCACACUUUGAUUAAUCUGAAUAAAAAAGCAAUCGCAGAUAAGGAAACUAUUUGUAAACGAAAAAAGGAUAAUCCAUGACGCCGCCAGAUAAAUUUCCUUUUCCCAAAUGUAUUAGUAUUACUUGCUUUGUAAGUUGUAACUAGGAAAAUAAGAACCUAGCUAGUAUAAAUACACAUCGUUACACCACAGAUCUCAACACAUUCUCUCAUUCUCCAGAUAUCACACACAGAGUAAUAUCCAUUCGGUAGAAUCAGCUAGCGUACUAAUACAAUGGCAAACAACAAUCCCUUUUCCAUGUCAACAAUGCUCAAAUCUUUACAAGAUCUCCGUUCCGCCACAGAGAAGGAUCCGGCGGUUCCUCCUCCGCCACAUGGCGUCACCCCCGCUCCUCCUCCGCCAUAUGGCCUCACCCCCGCUCCUCCUCCGGGAUAUGGCGUCACCCCCGCUCCUCCUCCGCCAUAUGGCGUCGCCCUCGCUCCUCCUCCGGGAUAUGGCGUCGCCCUCGCUCCUCCUCCGGGAUAUGGCGUCGCCCCCGCUCCUCCUCCGCCAUAUGGCGUCGCCCCCGCUCCUCCUCCACCAUAUGGCGUCACCCUCCCUCCUCCUCCCCCAUAUGGCGUCGCCCUCUCUCCUCCUCCGCCAUAUGGCGUCGCCCCCGCUCCUCCUCCGCCAUAUGGCGUCGCCCACGCUCCUCCUCCGGGAUACGCCCCACCGUUCCAGCCAUGUGCUUGCGGAUUAUGCGAUGAGUCGCCUUUGCAGUGGAUGUUCAACUUAAUGACUAGGAGCGAAGAAGAAGAUGCUGCGUAUCCGUUUAAAGUGUUUAUCUCGAACCUAGACAGAAGGGAGCUUCUAGGGGUGGCGUCUCUGCUGACGUCAGAUCCCGACUACUUCUUGGAGAUCGCAAGAAACAAGAACGGCUCCAACCGCCUUCAGAAACUCGUCGGAAAAUCAGAUGACGUGGACAACCUAAUCUGCGACGCUAUCUUGUACCGCUUCCUCCACGUCAUGACGGACAAGCACGCGUCCUACGUGGCGACGCGGGGGCUACGAGUGUUCGCCGGGAAGAAGAAAGAGUUCAUGUGCGAGGAACUUAUCCACCACGCGCUUCUCCUUGCGCGUGACCGACACGGCUGCGUCGCACUCAACGAGAUGUUAACCGACUUGGACCAUCCUUACUACAGAAACCAGCUGCUGGACAUAGUCGCGCACAACGCUCUCCCGCUAAGCAACGACACUUCAGGCAACUUUGUGGUGCAGCACGUGCUUAAACUGAACAAUCCGCGAACCAUGGGCAACGUGGCUCUCAGCCUACGUGGCCACUGUAUUGAUCUUUCGUUUAAGAAGUAUGGAAGCUACAUAGUGGAGCGGCUUUUGGAGGCGGACGAGUCGGUGGCUGUGGUGGUGAUGGAGCUUGUGGAGAGCAAUGGAGACAGGUUGAUGAGGCUGACGAGGAGUGAGUAUGGGAAUUACGUGGUGAACAAGGCACUGAAAGUCACGCAGAGGAGGAAGACUAGGGUUGAUCUGUUUCGAGGUUUGGUGCAGAAGCUCAUGCCUUUUCUCACGUUCUUGCGCAAAUCUCGUGGAAACAACAUUGCAGUGUUCUUGGAGUCGGUUCAUCAAACUGAAGUCGCUUAGUUUUUGUCUUAAAGUAGUUAACGAAAUCUAGUAGAUGUUUUUCUGUUUCCUUUGGGUUUUCUUUGUGUAAUGAAUAAUAUGAUUUGUUUUCAAUAAAAUCAUUAAAAAAACUAUAAUGCAUCUGU